AUUUUUCUCUUCUUAAUUCCUGUCCGUCAAUAAAACGAUUUCUAAUUACAGUUUUGUGUAAAAUAUUUUAUUGAUAUCGAUGAAAAAGAUAUUAAAUUUACUCACCGGCAUUAAGUAAUUAAGUUUAUAACUUAAUCCAUAUAGUUAAAAAUGAAGCAAAGUAGUAGUGGUGGUGGAGGUGACGAAUAUGAAGAACCCGAGCACUUAAGAAAGUUGUUUAUUGGUGGCUUAGAUUAUCGCACUACUGAUGAAUCACUUAAGGAAUUUUAUGAGCAAUGGGGUGAAAUUGUUGAUGUAGUUGUUAUGAAAGACCCUCAAACAAAACGGUCUAGAGGAUUUGGAUUUAUAACCUAUUCAAAAGCCAAUAUGGUUGAUGAUGCUCAGAAUAACAGACCUCACAAAAUAGACGGCAGAAUUGUUGAACCUAAAAGAGCUGUGCCCCGGGAAGAGAUAAAAAGACCUGAUGCAAGUGCGACUGUCAAAAAGUUGUUUGUGGGUAAUUUGAAACAGGACAUUGAGGAGGAGGAUCUCAGAGAACAUUUUUCUUCAUAUGGCAACAUUGUCUCAGUAAGCAUAGUUACUGAAAAAAGUACAGGCCAAAAAAGGGGAUUUGGUUUUAUUGAAUUUGAUGAUUAUGAUCCUGUUGAUAGGAUAUGCUUGGAUCAGGAUCAUAAAGUCAAUGGUCGACUUCUAGACGUUAAGAAAGCAUUGUCCAAGUCUGAAAUGUCCGGAGGCAAUCGUCGUGGCGGCAGAUUUGGAGGUCGGGGAGGGCGAGGUGGUUGGAGUAAUCGCCAAGAUUGGGGAGGGGGGUAUAAUUCAGGCUACGGAGAGCCCAGUGGUUGGGACAAUCAGAGUCCUUGGGAGUCAAAUAACUCUCAAGAGUCAUGGGACAAUCAGGACUAUGAUGAUCAGAACUGGUCGCAGGAUAACUUUGGUGAUGGAUAUCAACAAGGGUUCAGCGGAGGCCCUAUGAGAUCUAACUAUAACUCACAAAGGCAACAGCCUUAUAAUACAGGUGCUGGUGCUAGUGGUGGUGGUAGUAGUGGGGGUGGUGGCGGUGGCAAUGGUGGGGGAGGCAGUGGUGGUCAGAACUACACCACAGCAUCCGGUGGCAACCAACGCCGAUACUAAAUCUCUCCGAUGUCUUGUGCGAAGUUAUUAGAAGCUAGGCAGGCGUAAGUUAGGCAGGCUGGCUGCCUCGAGCCACGGGACAGGACCUCCUUACAUUAUAUAUUGCAUUUAUAUCAUAAAACUAAAUAAGGUUUGCUCACAACAAGGUACUGUGCAGGCAAAAGAUAUUUUCUUUAUAAUAUUAUAUAUAGCACUUUCACAUUUUUAUAAUGGUAUUCAAAUUGUGUGACACACAUUCACUGCCAUAUUUUUUCUAUGAGGCUUAUUGGUGUUUUAGUUGUAAGUUUUUUUUUAAUUCAGGUUAUUCCAAAAAUUUAUGCUAUCAAAAUGGUAUUGUUCAAUAUGAGAUUAAAGUUGACAUAUCUUUAUUUUAAUGAUCGGUGACAUUCCAAAAAUUAUUCAUAUUGAAAAAAAGGUUGUUUUAAGUUUAAUAUAAAAAAUACAAGUGUUUUUACAUAUAUUAAUAUAGCAUUUUUAUUAGAAUUAAGAAUACUGUCCUGUUAUCUAUGUUAGAUGUUUAUGUUUACAUAUGAAGAUAUAUAGAUAGACUUUUGGAAUUGAGAUUUUUAAUGUACAGAAAUAUUUGGGUAAUCUAAGAAAUCAUAAGUUACUUUAAUCUUGAGUCUAUGGUCAAUACUUUGACCUUGAAUCUAUGGCCGUUAUAUCACAAUAUAGUGAAGUGACACCAAAGAAAUAAUGGAAUUUAAUAUGCACAUAAUUAACCCUUAAUUCGAUACUGUCCGGUGUGACGAAUGACAAAAAAAAAA